AUGGCCCACGGCUUGUUUGGAAACUUGCGGGUAGGUAAGCCCCGUGCUUGGCAUAAAUCAGGUGUAUGUGCGCGUGUGGAUGAUUGGACCCGCAAGCUGGAAGACCCAAGCGACUAUUCCGUGGCCAAGUGCAAGGAGGGAGCCACCAUCGACAAUACCAUUGCCACGGUGACACCUCCGGCGACUUCCCAGGGACAGUUCAGUUCGGAUGCGGGGGCCCACAUGCCAUGGAGCAAGGUUGAUUUGAUGCCAAUGGACGGUGGCAUCGACAGAGCCGUGGCACGUUGCACGCCUGUGCAACCUCUGGACUGCACAGAAUCUUGA